CUUCUUGUUUCAGGGACUCGUGGCGGGACGGUACAGCUCUGGGAUCUGAACAGUGGCCAGUGCAUACAUAUAUUGGAAGGCCACACUGGCUCCGUUUCGAGAGCGGAGUUCAGUGCCAAUCGCUCUCUGCUCGCGACAGGGCAAUCAGGAGGGGAAAUAAGACUCUGGAACGUCGAGUCUGGGUAA